AUGACUCCUCCUCCCAUCUGUCUCUUGUUGAGAAUAACAGGUUCACCUUUUCUCGACCAUGUACAUCACCCGUCAGGUCCAUCGAACUUAAAACGUUUUUCAUCAGUGAAUAUCACUUUCUUGAAGUCGACAUGGUUUGUUAUCCAUCUUUUGGCGCUUCCCAGCCUUGCCUCCUUGUGUUUUCUCGUUAGUGUAAUUCUUUUCUUGAUUUUAGCAUCCUCAAGUUCAAUUUCGUGCAGCUUUUUUUGUACAGUUCGAACACUGACGUCAAGUUCACACUUCUCCUUUACUUUCUUCGCUGUCAUCUUUUCUCCAGAUGAUAACAACCUCUGUUUCCCUUUCUUUUCUUCUUUUUUUCUUUCUUUCUUUUUUAUCUUUCCUUCCUUCUUUCUUCUCUUCCAUUCUUCUUCUUCUUCUUCUUAUUAUUAUUAUUAUUAUUAUUCGUUGACUUUUCUUUCUUUUCUUUCUUCUGACACUUUGCUUUUGUCUCUUUCAACCUCACCUUGCUGCUCCCAUCUCCGACUUCACUUCUUUCGAUCGUUCUUCUUUAUUACCUGCUAUCUUCUUCUUCGUCGUCGUCUUCUUCUCUGGUUCCACUUCCCAUUUCUUCUUCUUCUUCUUCUUCUUCUUCUUCUUCUUCUUCUUCUUCUUCUUCUUCUUCUUCUUCUCCCCUUUCCAUUUCUUCUUCUUUACUUCUUCUUCUUCUUUGAUUCCCCUUCCCAUUUCUUCUUCUUCUUCUUCUUCUUCUUCUUCUUCUUCUUCUUCCACUUCCCAUUUCUUCUUCUUCAUCAUCUUCUUCUUCUUUACUUCUUCUUCUUCUUUGAUUCUCCUUCCCAUUUCUUCUUCUUCUUCUUCUUUGAUUCCCCCUCCCAUUUCUUUUUCUUCUUUGAACCCCCUUCCAUUUUUCUUCUUCUUCUUCUUCUUCUUUUGAUUAUCCCCUUCCCAUUUCUUCUUCUUCAUCAUCUUCUUCUUCUUCUUCUUUUCUUCUUCUUCUUCUUCUGUAAGCAAUUAUUCCAAACAAUAUUUUCUCAUAAUUUCAAACCCCACAUUCCCAAUAAUUACUCGUUUUUUCAUUUUUUCCUCCAAUUUACCAUAUUUUGUAAACCUCCGUACUGCACUUUCGGCUUCCAACUCCCUCCACAGAAUUCCUACCCGACCCUCAUUCUACCCAACAUUCCACAUGCCACGUGCCAUCUUAUAUCAGUAGAUAAAGAGCCAGGCAACCUUGAUGCCAGACGACGAAGUGAUGUCAAAAAUUAA